AUGCAAGUGUUAGCCACUCUUCUGGUUGCGUGCGUGUUGGCCAGCGUCCGUGCUGUUAUACGUACACCCCUGGAAGCCUUCCGGCCUUCCGGAGAGAUACAUAUACGAAGACCGGACAAACUUCCACUCCUGCCCCACAGACGGACCCAACAGAAGAACGGUCUAAAGAUUCUCUACCAAACUGGAGUCUCUGAGGAUGAUCUACCAGAUUGCAGGCCAAGACAAGUGUGCAGCAAAGUGGAUCUCUACGAUCCAGCGCAGCCCUGGAUUGAAAGGAAGUGUCGCUGCUUGGGACAUAGGCCUUGUUCUAGUGAGCUCUCCGAUGACGACAACCAUACACUGGCAGAUAAGACAACCCUGUAUAAGACAUGCGAGCCAGUGAAGCGGCUGCCAAAAUGCCGUUACUUCAAGGACGCAGCGUGGAUUAUAUAUUCUUUCCCUGAUAGCAACGCUACGCAACAAAUUGUUAACUGCCACUGUCCGAAGCAGUCCAUGACGUACCUACUGAAGAAACUGCCGUACACGACACCUAGCGGAGAACAAGGAAAUCAGUAUCAGUUCGCGUGUUCACCGCAAAGCAGGUUACGAUGCUCUCGAAAAGAACCAUGCAAAUUGUUCAGUGCUCGGCGUCGUCAUGAACAAAUAGACGAGGUGAACGCCAGCACUAUCUGCCAAUGUCCUAAAGAUCAUACGUGCCCUAAACACCACACUGAACCUGGGGUACUACCAGGGGUGACGUACAUCGCUGAAGAUAUUCGCACAUACCAUGGCUACUGUAUGCCAGAACCUCCCCCUGAUACGUACAGAUUUGUAGGAGACAAAGACUGA